GGGGGGCGGAGGAGGAGGAGGAGAGACGAGGGCAGCGGAGGAGGCGAGGAGCGCCGGGUACCGGGCCGGGGGAGCCGCGGGCUCUCGGGGAAGAGACGGAUGAUGAACAAGCUUUACAUCGGGAACCUGAGCCCCGCCGUCACCGCCGACGACCUCCGGCAGCUCUUCGGGGACAGGAAGCUGCCCCUGGCGGGACAGGUCCUGCUCAAGUCCGGCUACGCCUUCGUGGACUACCCCGACCAGAACUGGGCCAUCCGCGCCAUCGAGACCCUCUCGGGUAAAGUGGAAUUGCAUGGGAAAAUCAUGGAAGUUGAUUACUCAGUCUCUAAAAAGCUCAGGAGCAGGAAAAUUCAGAUCCGAAACAUCCCUCCUCACCUGCAGUGGGAGGUGCUGGAUGGACUUUUGGCUCAGUAUGGGACAGUGGAGAAUGUAGAACAAGUCAACACAGACACAGAAACUGCUGUUGUCAACGUCACAUAUGCAACAAGAGAAGAAGCAAAAAUAGCCAUCGAGAAGCUAAGCGGGCAUCAGUUUGAGAACUACUCCUUCAAGAUUUCCUACAUCCCGGAUGAAGAGGUGAGCUCCCCUUCGCCCCCACAGCGAGCCCAGCGUGGGGACCACUCUUCCCGGGAGCAAGGCCACGCCCCUGGGGGCUCUUCUCAGGCCAGACAGAUUGAUUUCCCGCUGCGGAUCCUGGUCCCCACCCAGUUUGUUGGUGCCAUCAUCGGAAAGGAGGGCUUGACCAUAAAGAACAUCACUAAGCAGACCCAGUCCCGGGUAGACAUCCAUAGAAAGGAGAACUCUGGGGCUGCAGAGAAGCCCGUGACCAUCCAUGCCACCCCAGAGGGGACCUCUGAAGCCUGCCGCAUGAUUCUUGAAAUCAUGCAGAAAGAGGCUGAUGAGACCAAAUUAGCCGAAGAGAUUCCUCUGAAGAUCUUGGCCCACAAUGGCUUAGUUGGAAGACUUAUUGGAAAAGAAGGCAGAAAUUUGAAGAAAAUUGAACAUGAGACAGGGACCAAGAUAACAAUCUCAUCCUUGCAGGAUUUGAGCAUAUACAACCCUGAAAGAACCAUCACUGUGAAGGGCACAGUCGAGGCCUGUGCCAAUGCAGAGGUAGAGAUUAUGAAGAAGCUCCGUGAGGCCUUUGAAAAUGAUAUGCUGGCUGUUAAUCAACAAGCCAAUCUGAUCCCGGGGUUGAACCUCAGCGCACUUGGCAUCUUUUCAACAGGACUGUCCGUGCUGCCUCCACCAACAGGGCCCCGAGGAGCUCCCCCCGCUCCCCCUUACCACCCUUUCGCUACUCACUCCGGAUACUUCUCCAGCUUGUACCCCGCUCACCAGUUUGGGCCGUUCCCGCAUCACCACUCCUACCCAGAGCAGGAGAUUGUGAAUCUCUUCAUCCCGACCCAGGCUGUAGGUGCCAUCAUUGGGAAGAAGGGGGCGCACAUUAAACAGCUGGCUCGAUUCGCUGGGGCCUCCAUCAAGAUUGCCCCGGCAGAAGGCCCAGAUGUCAGCGAAAGAAUGGUCAUCAUCACCGGCCCACCUGAAGCCCAGUUCAAGGCCCAGGGGCGGAUCUUUGGGAAACUGAAGGAAGAAAACUUCUUUAACCCCAAAGAAGAGGUGAAGCUGGAAGCGCACAUCAGAGUGCCCUCUUCUACAGCUGGCCGGGUGAUCGGCAAGGGCGGCAAAACCGUGAACGAACUGCAGAACUUAACCAGUGCAGAAGUCAUCGUGCCUCGUGACCAAACGCCGGAUGAAAAUGAGGAAGUGAUCGUCAGAAUUAUCGGGCACUUCUUUGCUAGCCAGACUGCACAGCGCAAGAUCAGGGAAAUUGUACAACAGGUGAAGCAGCAGGAGCAGAAAUAUCCUCAGGGAGUCGCCUCACAGCGCAGCAAGUGAGGCUCCCACAGGCACCAGCAAAACAACGGAUGAAUGUAGCCCUUCCAACACCUGACAGAAUGAGACCAAACACAGCCAGCCAGCUCGGGAGCAAACCAAAGACCAUCCUGAGGAAUGAGAAGUCUGCGGAGGCACCGGGGACUCUGCAGAGGCCCUGAGAAUCCCAGGGGCCAGGAGGAUGGUGGGAGGUCAGACCGGGUCCCUGCCCGGCCUCCUGCCUCCCCCAGGGCCUCUGCAGGCUUCCCAGCCAUCCACUGCACCAUCCACUCGGAUCUCUCCUUACCUCCUACAACGCUAUCCCUUUUAGUUGAACUAACAUAGGUGAACGUGUUCAAAGCAAAGCAAAAUUCACACCCUUUUCUUUUUGUGGAAAUUGUCUCUGUACAUGUGUGUACAUAUUAGAAGGGAAAAGAUGUUAAGAUAUGUGGCCUGUGGGUUACACAGGGUGCCUGCAGCGUUAAUAUAUUUUAGAAAUAAUAUAUCAAAUAACUCAACUAACUCCAAGUUUUAAUCAAUUAUUAAUUUUUUUUUUCUUUUUAAAGAGAAAGCAGGCUUUUCUAGACUUUAAAGAAUCAAGUCGUUCUUUGGGAGGUCUAAUGGUUUAGUAAGGAGCUUCGAGACCACCCACACAAAUUCACCCGAGGGGAAUCUCGGAAGGACACUCACAGCAGUUCUGGACCACCUGUGUAUGUCAACAGAAGGGAUACCGUCUCUCUGAAGAGGAAACUCUGUCUCUCUUCAUCCCUGUCUAGCUCACACACCCAUUUCUCUUUGCUUCACAGGUUUUAAACUGGUUUUUUGCAUACUGCUAUAUAAUUCUCUGUCUCUCUCUGUUUAUCUCUCCCCUACCUUCUCUCCCUCCCCUUCUUUUCCAUCCCCAUUCUUUUUAAUUCCCUCAUCCCUCUUUCUCAAUUCCCAGUAUCUACGCACCCCCCCAGGCAAAGCAGUGCUCUGAGUAUCACAUCACACAAAAGGAACAAAAGCGAAACACACAAACCAGCCUCAACUUACACUUGGUUACUCAAAAGAACAAGAGUCAAUGGUACUUGUCCUAGCAUUUUGGAAGAAGAAAACAGGAACCCAUCAAACCAACCAACCAAACAAAGAAAAAUUCCACAAAGAAAGAA